AUGAAGGUGCCGACAGCCGCCUCGCUCCCUGCCGCCAGGGCUACAGUCUACCCUCGGAAACGGUCGCCAGGCAUCGCCGGCCAGCGAGGGCCGUCGCCGCCGUCAAAACGGACGUCCCCCACUUCGGUCGAGAUGCAGCGGCACGCGCAGCUUUCGGACGCGCAGAAGCAGCUCCUCCCGCUCCUCGAGCGUGACUACCGUGCAGACGUCCGUGCGUACAUGUACGAGAUGCAGAGCAAGACGAUGGCCAACGCCGACAUGAUUGACCAGCAGCCCGAGCUCGAGUGGUACAUGCGCGCGUUCUUGGUCGACUUCCUCGUCGAGAUUCACCUCCAGCACCGGCUCCGCCCCGAGACGCUCUACCUCGCGCUCAACAUCGUCGACCGCUACGUCUCGAAGCGCAUCGUCUUCAAGAAGCACUACCAGCUCGUCGGGUGCGCCGCGCUUUGGAUUGCCGCCAAGUUCGAAGACGCGAAGGACCGCGUCCCGACCCUGCGCGAGCUCGUCGACAUGUGCUGCAACGCCUACGACGAGAAGGCGUUUGUCCAGAUGGAGGGACACGUCCUGUCGACGAUCCAGUGGGUCAUCGGCCACCCUACCGCCGAGGCAUGGCUCCGCCUCGCGUGCGUGACCGGCCAGCUCGAGGACGCCCGCACCCAGCACGUCGCGCGCUUCCUCAUGGAGCUGACGCUCUUCCACCGCGAGUUCAUCCUCUUCUACCCGUGCGACGUCGCCAUGGCCGCCUUGCUCCUCGCCCGGUACAUGCUCGGCAAGCCUCGACGCCCCCAAGACGAGAGCGAGCCCGUCAUUCGCAUCAUGCUCAUGCUCGACGAGCUUCUCGGCGAGCACCUCGAAGACGUCUCUCCCGUCGUACUCAAGAAGUAUUCGUUCUCGUGCUACUCGCGCGCGUCUAUCUUUGCCCGCGAGUGGUACCUCUGCGGCCGCCGCAUGGCUUUCCCUCACCAGCACGCCGCGCCGUCGCCCGUCACGCCCAGCCGCCCGCUCGCUCGCACCGCAUCGUCUGCUUCCGCCGCAUCAACCUCGUCGUCGGCAUCGUCCAUCGUCGACUACGGCUCGUUGACGCCCAACUCUCAGCGCUCCGAGGACACGUCCUUCACCUCGGACGAGGACGACGACGACGAGAUCGACCGCGACUGCCUCGAUGACGACGAUGACGACGACGAACCGCUGUCGCCUCACACGCCGCACGAGCCUUCCUCGCCGUUCGACCCGUUCACAUCGGCGGCGAGUGAUGCCGCGUCCGCAGCCGCUCACCACGCCGCCGUUGCCGCUCACUCGGUCCGUAUGGGCACCGGCACGGGCAAGGAGAACCUCCUCGUUGCUCGUCAGGGCAAGCCGUCGGGCGUCGUCGUCGGUCAGCCUCAGGGGAUGCCGCCCUCGCACCGCAUGCCUCUCGAGCACGCGAGCUGGGAGAUGAACCACCAGCACGUCGCCGUGUACGCCUCGCAUCACUCGUACCACGGCGCGCCCCAUCCUCCGCCUCCCUCGUCGUCGGUCGCCUCGUCGCCCUCGAUCCCUUCAUACUGCGCAUAG